UUCAACCAAGGACAGCGGCUGGAGUUUCUGGAAGUGGGAUAAUAAUUCAGCACCAUGAAGUCACGGCUUUGUGCGUCUCAGGGGUUUCGCAGACAGGGAAUGGGAGAAGAUCAAAGCAUGUCCCUUCUGAGAAGAGUUGCCUUUCUUCUUCUUCUUGUCAUGAGGAAAGUUGGUGCAUUGGUGGAUUCAGAUGAUGUCAUCACGAGGGAUGAGCAGAUCUACCUCCUCAUUGGAGCCAAGGCUGCAUGCGAGAGGGCCAUUCGCUCCCAGAUGAAUGCAGUUCAAGAGACAGAUUGCGUGCCGGAGUGGGAUGGCAUCAUCUGCUGGCCGAAGGGGACGCCUGGCCAACUGGUUUCGGUGUUUUGUCCUGGCUACAUCUAUGACUUUAACCACAGAGGUCAAGCCUACCGUCUUUGUGAUCUUUCUGGAAAAUGGGAGCAGGUGCCUAGCCUCAAUAGAACCUGGGCCAACUAUACUGAGUGUACCACCUACCUGAUGUCCAGCCACAGGAGUCAAGAGAAGGAGGUGUUUGAGCGCCUACAUCUGAUGUAUACUAUUGGUUACUCCGUCUCACUGGUGUCCUUGCUGGUUGCCAUCUCCAUUCUCCGCUUCUUCAAAAGGCUCCACUGUACUCGUAACUACAUCCACAUCCACCUCUUCAUCUCCUUUGUCUGCCGUGCCAUCAGCAUCUUUGUGAAGGAUGCAGUGCUGUACACUGCGUUAGAUGAAAGCGAGGCUCAAGACGAAAGCAUAGGACAAAGACCACACAUGGUGGGCUGCAAGAUAGCUGUGAUUUUUUUCCUCUACUUUCUAGCUACUAAUCACUACUGGAUUUUGGUGGAGGGCCUUUAUCUGCACAGCCUCAUAUUCAUGGCCUUUUUGCCAGACAAGAACUACUUGUGGGCACUGACCAUCAUUGGGUGGGGUGUCCCUGCAGUGUUUGUGUCCAUUUGGGUUAGCGUUCGAGCGUCUCUGGCUGAUACACAAUGCUGGGACAUCAGUGCUGGGAACCUGAAGUGGAUUUAUCAAGUCCCUAUACUGGCUGCCAUUGUUGUGAAUUUCUUCUUGUUCCUUAACAUCGUAAGGGUGCUGGUUUCAAAGCUGUGGGGGACAAACACAGGGAAAGUAGAUCCACGGCAGCAGUACAGGAAGCUUCUAAAGUCUACACUGGUGCUGAUGCCGUUGUUCGGAGUGCACUACAUGGCGUUCAUGGCUCUGCCCUACACGGAGGUGACUGGGGUGCUGUGGCAGGUGCAGAUGCAUUAUGAGAUGCUCUUCAACUCCUCUCAGGGGUUCUUUGUAGCAUUAAUCUACUGCUUCUGCAAUGGCGAGGUGCAGGCAGAGGUGAAGAAGGCCUGGCUGCGUAGGAGCAUAGCUCUGGACCUCAAGCAGAAGGCCCGUGUAACCAGCAGCGGUGGAAGCUGUUACUAUGGUGGCAUGACCUCCCACGCGACCAACAGCGUCAGCCUCAGUGCUGUUGGCACCAAAGGCCUUCCCCUCUGUGGGGCAAGACAACGCCCACCCCCUCUGCCCACGACCACUAGUCCACAUGCUACCACAGAGGCCUUCUUGCCCUCAACCAUGCAGCAGGAUCAGUUUAAAGUCACGGAUGGAACAAAAGGUGAACCUGAGACAAGGGAUCACUGUUUGUCCAUUAAGGAGCAUGAGACCACCCUGUGAUCUUCCGGAUCCACAUAACACAAUAAGUACUUUCCCAGGCAAAAUUUUGAUUGGUCCUAGAUGGUUUCUGCUUCCACUUAUUACCUCGUUAUCUGAAAAUUAAAAUCCAGAAGUGGAACCAUCUCAGUGUGACACUCAAGACUGCUUCAAUUCAAAAGAAGGUCACGCUGAUGUCAAGUGAUCUGUACCUUCCAAGGAACAUAUCACAGAUCCUAAAAUAGCACAGAGUAUAUAAUAAGCAUAUGGGCUGUUCCUUUAGCAAGAAUUAGACAAACAAGUGUCAUACCUAUAAGAUGGCAAUUAAUGUUGAUGUUUGUAGACAUUCUACGUGUCCGUUGGUGGAUGGUCUUCACAGUAAGAAAAAUAUGAAGCAAAAUGUCCUCUGUGUGUAAAACAGCACAGUUAUUUUCAGAUAUACAGUACCGUUCCAAAGUCUAGACACACCUGCUUUUAAUGCAUUUGUCAUUUUACGUAUAUCAUUCACUGUAGUAAAUGGCCUUGAGGUUAUUAAGUAAUACAUAGGGUCAUUCCAUAUCAAAUCACCCAGAGGGUCCCAGGACAUGCUCUCUGAUUCCCCUGAAAAAAAAUCCAGGAUGCUCCUAUACCUUAUGGAGAUUUUGUAGUUUGUACCUCUAACAGUUUUGGAACUACAGCCUUUUAAAAUGUUAAUUAUAUGAAUUUUGCCAACUCAGCAUUUCAGUCCAACUUCCUCUUUUGACAUGGCAUGUACAGCAUUGAAGCUUUAUAACUAUGGCUAACAUCAGAUUCACUGUCUUAUGUACUUUUGCUUGUAUUCACUCAUGUUAUGCUAGAUAAAGCACUCAGUUUUGUUUUUUGCGUCAAUUAUGAAACGUGAGGUCAUGUGUUGGAAUAAGAUUUGUCAAAUGUGCCUGAUUUUCAAAAUUGCCUAUGUUCAUGCUUCAUAUCACCAUGUAGUGAGUUAACCAUCAUUUUCACAUAUUUACCAUGUAGUCC